GUGGGCGGGCCUUGUCCAGCAGUGGUACACUACAUUCGGAUGCAGACACCUGACGAUGUCUGACAAUGCGGAGUCCCCAACAGAGUCUCAAAACGAGGAGCCUCCGGCCCCACAGGCGACCACUCCGGGGGAAUCGGCCAUAUCUGACCAGAAGAAAAAAAUUGAUGUGCUGUUGAAGGCAGUAGGGGACACACCCAUAAUGAAGACUAAGAAGUGGGCUAUGGAGAAGGGGAGGACUAUACAAUCCCUUUCUGAGUUCAUUGUAAAGUUCCUCAAGCUUGACCCAAAUGAACAACUGUUCAUUUAUGUCAACCAAUCGUUUUCUCCAUCGCCGGACCAGGAAGUCGGCGUGCUAUUUGAAUGUUUUGGCAGUGAUGGCAAGCUGGUUCUACAUUAUUGUAAAUCCCAAGCCUGGGGUUAACAUUUUUAGUUGAACUCCAUGUUGGUUACCCAUUUAACUUGUAACACUUUGGUAAACAAGGUAUACACACUAGAACAACAAAUUCUAAAGUGUUCUUUUUUCUUUGCCAAUUUAUUUCUGAUGUUGGUUGUUUUUUGUACAUAACAUUGUAAAUAAAUAUUGUUACUAUUUAAA